GAAAAAACCCCCUCAAAACCCAGAGAAAAAACCCAGUUUCGAUCUGCUGCUCAAAAUGGGGAAAAACAGCAAGAAGCAGUGGAAUCAAAAGGGGUCUUCACAUCGUCACAAGAACUCCCAUUCAUGUCUAGAAGAAGAAGACUUUAGCUUUAAUGAUUCUUUUGAUCGAAACCCAACUUCUCCUCACUGUAGUACCGACGAUGAAAACCAAGAAGAAGAACAUGAAGUACAAAAUGACCCAGAAAAUCUCCCAUAUUCUAUUGAUAAUGAUUCAAUACCUUCAAAGUUUUCUCUCUAUCAACAAUCUGUUCAGUCUCCAAAAGGGGAUAUAAGCUAUUUGCAAAAGUUCUUCUUGAUGUAUGUUGGUGGGAGAGCUCCUCUUCAUCUACAGGAGGAUUUUUGUGGCACUGCUCUUCUAAGUACAGAGUGGCUUCGAACUGACCCUCGGAGGACUGCUUUAGGCAUAGAUCUAGACCUUGAGGCACUUAUUUGGUGCAUGAAAUAUAAUGUGAACAGAGUCGGUAAUGAUAACUGUUCCAGAAUCUCUCUCUUUCAUGGAAAUGUUUUGCAGCCUCUUGAGGCUAGACUUGUUAACACGAAUCCUGAGGAUCUCAUUCAGAAUGUAUCUAUCCAAGAGACUGAAGACGCCAAAAUAAAUGUUCCCACUGAAAACUCUUUGGGAUCAGAAGCUUCUGAUAGUGGUGGAAAUUUGAAGAAGGAUUUCUCGGUGCCUGCAAGAGAUAUUGUGUGUGCUUUUAAUUACAGUUGUUGCUGCCUGCAUAAACGACCAGAACUUGUUGCCUAUUUCAAACAUGCCCUUGGCGCUUUGUCCAAGAAGGGUGGUAUAUUUGUCAUGGAUUUAUAUGGUGGUGCUUCAUCUGAGCAUCAACUGAAACUUCGCAGACGAUUUCCCAAUUUUACGUAUAUUUGGGAGCAAGCAGAAUUUGAUGUCAUUCAACGGAAGACCCGGAUUAGUCUUCAUUAUCAACUUCAAAAGCCACAGAGAAAGAUUCGCAAUGCCUUUUCAUAUAGCUGGAGGCUGUGGUCGCUGCCUGAGAUAAGGGACUGUUUGGAAGAAGCGGGAUUUAGAGCUGUUCACUUUUGGAUAAAAGAGAUGCCUGAUACUGAGAAAAACAGAAGCUCCAGGGGAUUUGGUACUGCAAGAGAUGAUAAAUACAAAGAGGUCUCAAGUUUUCCACAACAAGAUGCUUGGAAUGCCUAUGUUGUAGCUGUGCCUUAGAUUAUUUGUGUUCAUUAGCUCUACUGGUACGCUUCUUCUCUUCAGAUUAACAGGCUAUUCGUGUUAAGUUGUGUUCCCGUAAAAUGUUGAGUUUUGACUUGGUCUGUUGUAUGAAUAUGAACAUUGAGAAGCCAGCCAAUACUUGCGGUGUUACUAGACUUGUAGCUUUGUAUACGACUCAUACAAUUUUCAAUGUUGAGUAUAAUACUUGCGGUGUUACUAGACUUGUACAUUAGCUCCUAAAACUUUUCGAGAUAUUGCAGACAUGUACUCGGAGAGCAUUCUUUUCGAGAUACUUGCGGUGUUCUAAUUGAAGAUAAUUUUAUUAUCAGAGUCAAUUUUAUGUCAUCACUUUUCGGGUGUUAUUUGUAUCUAAGGUUGGGGGGCUUAAGUAAUUGAGUAGGGUUUUACAGUCUAUUUUUGCAAAGUUUACAUGAAUCAGACUUUAGUUACUCACAUUUGAUAUAUAUCUAAAAUUAAAAUCUAAAGUAAUUGAGUAGGGUUUUAUGAAUGCACCCAACCCAACACUUUGACUUUUAAGUGAUCCCAGCUUAGCAUAUGCUUGUUAAUUUGCUUGACUGAGCCUUAGCCGCUUGAUCGCACUUCUAUCCAGUGAAGCUAUUGUCUAUUUUAUUUACCUUGUGGUUGAAUCAAGUCGUAGGUCAAUGAAAAAUGGAUUCUUGGUUUGGGUAUUUCUUUGCAUAUCACACUUAAUAGACAUUGGUUCUUUACGUAUGAUUGUGUUUAAGGUGGAGUGAUACUAAUGGUCAGCAAUGUGGUUUGCAAUGUUGUGGAUAUUGGGCUAGUAAGAAAUGUUCAUUAUGUGAAAUAUUGAAAAGAAUAAGCUUAUUAUAAAAAAAAUUCCAAAAUAUGCUUUGGGAAAUUUUAAUUUUCAAAAUAAGCAUCUUCGUGCCAAAGGUGAAGUCAGUUAUGUUUGCUGUUACUAACAGUGAACAAAAAAAUUAGUCAAAAAAAGUCAAAAUUAUUUGUUCACUGUUACUAACAGCAAACAAACUUUGUUUUCAUUUUUUUGUCAUUUUUAACGCUAUGACAUUGUCUUCCUUUUGUUUGCUAUUAGUAACAGAGUUUAAAGAAUUUUGACUUUUUUUGACUAGUUUAUUUGUUCGCCGUUAGUAACACCUGAUCUUAGGCUUAGUCAUAAAGAUGCUUAUUUUGAGAAUUAAAAUUUUUCAAAGCUUAUUUUGAGAAUUUAUUUUUUUCCAUCUUUCUCAUUAUGUUUCAAAAAUCACAAAAAAUUUAAUAUCACUUGGUGGCUUGGUCAGAAAUGGUAGCAGGUGCAUUCUUGAUAAGGAUAAAUUAGAAAUUAAUAAUGGUUUUAAGUAGUGAUGAAGGACAGGAAUAAAGGUCACUCUCUGAGUUUGUUGGAUCGGCCAUUCGGCUUGGUUAAUGGAUUCAUUGUUGUCCAACGAGCAUCAUAUUAAUUUGUGACACAUGAAGCUUGGCAUAUGAGUGAGAGACGCUUGGUAGAACUUGCUAUGGGGCGUCUACUUGGUAAGAGAUGUACGAGUUCUAUUGAAUUAUGUGAGUAUGGUGUUCUUAACAAGCAAGUCAGCUUCAAUAUGGCCAUGAAUAAAAUAUAUGGUACAUUUGAUUGUGGUCACUCGGAGUUGUGGAGUCUUUUCAUAGCAUCAUUCUAUGGUGUCACCUAUAUUAUGUUAUGGAGUUGGGAUUGCCAAUGGUAUUUGACAUUCCGCUCAUGGAUGGGCAUAAGGCAUAGGUUUAUAUCUCGUCUUGGACUCUUUAUACAACAUCCCUCAAUGGUAAGUUUAGGAAGACAUAGCAGUAUGUGAUAUUAUUCCUAACAAAUACUCCCUUCUUUUAAAGCUUAGUGUCAUUUACACUUUUUACACUUGUCAUAAUAAUAUUUUAAUUUGUAAUUUCUUUAAUUGUGUAUGAUUACAGAACAUUAAUUUUGCCUAUUAUUAUGUAUUUGGGGUCUUAAAAUUAUGUAGUUGGUUAUAUAAUAGUCUGUAUUGGGGCUAUAAUAUUAUGUAUUUGCCUAUUUGGGGUCUUAAAAUUAUGUACUUGGGGUUGGGUAUAUAAUGGUUUGUUUUUAGGGCAUAGUAUUUUUAUAACACCAAAUAUAUUAUGUUAUAAACCCAAAUAUAUGUUGUUAUAACCCCAUAUAUAUUAUAUUAUAAUCUCAAAUAUAUAUUGUUACGACUCUAAAUAUAUUAUAUUAUAAUCACAAAUACAUGUUGUUAUAACCCUAUAUAUAUUAUGUUAUAACCUCAAAUAUAUAUCAUGCAGGGCUUCUGCAUGUUUGGGGGUAAAAUCGAUCGCUUUUUUCUAGUUCUUCUUGUGAGGGAAGUAUGGGUAUGGAUUGUCCAUUAUCUCCCCUCACUUAGACCCUGCUCCCAAGCAGGACAUUGGGUAUGAUGAUGAUGAUGAUGAUGACGACCUCAAAUAUAUAAAUUGUUACAACUCUAAAUAUAUUAUGUUAUAACUAGGGAUGGUCAUGGGUCCAGGACCCUGUUGGACCCGCCCCGGAUCCGCCCCUUUUUAAGAGUCUGGGUCUUAAUUUUUUAGACCCAUCGGAUCCGGGUCCGGGUCUGGAUCCAAAAAAAUUUGACGGGUCCGGGUCCAGGUCCUAAGGUGAAGACCCGGACCCGGACCCUAAACUUUUAAAUUUUAUUAUUAUUUUUUUUUUAUUUUUGUUAAAAUUUUUGAUGAUAUUUGCACAUUUGUUGUACAUGUAUAAUACUUUGAUUGCUC